CUCCCCCGAGAGGACAGGACCUGGUCCCGGGCACGGUGGCCCGGACCUGGGGAGGAGGCGCGCCUGCCCCGAGCCCGGCCUUGCCAAGCCCUUUUCGCAGGCCCGCGAAGCCUGCAGGCUAGGAACGCGUUCGUCCUUUCUCUACCCACCCCUCCCCUCCCCUGCAGGGUGCGCGCGCACGCGAGGUCUGGGGGCUCGUGCACGCGUGCUAGCGGUGUGUGUUGGAGAUUGUCUAAAGCCACAGGGAAAAUGGUGGAAAAUUCACCGUCGCCAUUGCCAGAAAGAGCGAUUUAUGGCUUUGUUCUUUUCUUAAGCUCCCAAUUUGGCUUCUUACUGUAUCUUGUGUGGGCAUUUAUUCCCGAAUCUUGGCUCCAUUCCUUAGGAUUAACCUACUGGCCUCAAAAAUACUGGGCAGUUGCAUUGCCUGUCUACCUCCUCAUUACUAUAGUAAUUGGUUACGUACUCUUAUUUGGCAUAAACAUGAUGAGUACCUCUCCACUCAACUCCAUUCAUACAAUCACAGAUGACUAUGCUAAAAAUCAGCGGCAGAAGAAAUACCGAGAAGAGGCCAUCCCAGCAUUGAGAGAUAUUCCUAUUAGUGAAGUAAACCAGAUGUUCUUCCUUGCAACCAAAGAACCGUAUGCCAAAAAGUAAAUUGCAUGUAGACUAACACCAAGCAUUUACUCUUAAGUUUUUGAUGUAAUAAUUUUGACCAUAAUUAUUUUGACUUUCUCUCAUACCCAAUAUUGAAGUGUUAAAAAAAUUUUGUUUUUCUUAGAUUAAGUUCUAUUAAUAUUAUAAAUGUUCUUGAGUAUUAGUUAUGAAUGAACAGAAUAAAUAAAAUACUGCAUUACUAUAUAGCAGACCUCUUAAAUAAGUAUUAGUAAAACCAAGAAGUACCUCCAGAGAA